AUGGUGCGACAUAAAAAGGAUUAUCACGGCAAAGGCAAAAAGCCUCUCGGCCUAUCGCGGCCCCGGCCCCAAGGGGCCGGGGGCGGUGGAGACGACAGCAGCGGCUCAUCUCGCCGGCCUGCUUUCAAAGCUGCGUGCUGGGAUCUCGGCCACUGUGACCCCAAGCGCUGUUCCGGAAAGAAGCUGAUGAAGCUUGGCCUCAUGCGAGAGCUGCAUCUGGGCCAGCGAUAUGCAGGCGUUGUGAUCACGCCUAACGGUCGCAGCGUUGUCAGCCCGGCAGACAAGGAGCUCAUGGCUCAGUUCGGUGCUGCUGUCGUUGAGUGCUCGUGGGCACGGACCAAGGAGGUGCAGUGGAACAAAGUCGGUGGAAAGUGUGAACGACUCCUGCCGUACCUAGUGGCAGCGAACUCGGUCAACUAUGGCAAGCCGUGGCGGCUCAAUUGCGUCGAGGCACUUGCGGCCGCGUUCUACAUUUGCGGACAGCCAGAAUGGGCGGAGGGUGUGUUGGCGCCGUUCUCCUAUGGCGAGGAGUUUCUCAACAUCAACAGAACCCUUCUGGACAAGUACGCGGCCUGUGCGGAUGCUCUAGCGGUUAAAGAGGCUGAAGCCGACUGGAUCGAGCAGCUCGAGCGCGAGUAUAGCGAAAGCCGACAAGAGACUGAUAUGUGGAAAGGAGGCAACGUAAACCUCAGAAGCAUAAGCAGAGUCAGUGGGGGGAGUCAAGACGAGGACGAUAGUGACGGGGGUGGAAGCGAAGGAGGCAGUGAUAGGGAAGAGGGUGAAGCAGUCGCUGACGAGGAUGACGACAAAGACCCAUUCGACAUAUCCGGCGAAAGCGAUGACGACGCGGAAAUGGAAGAGAUUCGCCGAAAAGUUUUAGCAUCUAAGCCGUUUGCCAUUCCAACCGAGAAGACUGUAAAACAGCUGACGAAGCCUGCAGAGGCGCCGCUGCGGCCAGGACAGCUCCGGCCAGAUUCCGAUGCAGAGCCAGAUUCCGACAAUGAUCAGCAAUACGACUCAUCUGAGAAUGAGGAUAAUGGCGCUGGAAGCGAUUUCGGCAGCGGCAAUGCUGCCGACGACUUGGAGCUGGAUCAAAUUAUUAUGGCCACGCCCGUAACGGAUCGCACGGGCCUAGCAAAGCUCAAGAAGGAAAAGGCGAGAGCGGCCAUAUCGACAAGGACGUUUACUUCAAACUACGUACCCGCAAGUAGGAGGGGUUGA